ACAAAACACUUGACUGAGUUAAUAAAGACAAGUUGCAAGAAUUAGUUUAAGAUUUUAAAAAGUGAAAGUUUUGGCAUUUUGUCAAGCGCAUUUUUCACUGCAAGCGUUCAUAUUCCACCUUAUUAGCACUCGAAUAUGAAUAUGCGCAGAUGCUUUUCAGCUAGCGUUACCUAACUAGCAUUGGUUAUUGCGGUAAUUUAAAAACAAGAAAAAAAGAAAUUAAAAAAAACGUGUACACUAAGAGCAUACGGUAAUUAAGACUUUCAAACACUUAUUGUGUUUAAAAAGUCUACGCAGAGUCUAAAUUACCCUCAAAUAUGAAUAAAUAUAUAGAUGACAAAAACGACGGAGUAAUUUGGUUUAUUGUAAUCCAUAACACCUGUCAUGUUUCUAUCGAUAGUUAUGRCUCACUUAGCUGUUGGUCUGGCUACGUAUAUAUGAAUGUCCACGUAUUAGCAUACAAAMUGAACGUAUAAUAUCAUAUAUAAUCUUCUUUGAAAGAAAAACUGAUAUGCAAAGUGUCUCUCUCUUUCAAGGCUGUCACUACGACUUGGAACUCCUAUAAAAUGAGAGCAGAUAAACAGAAAUCUUUAUUUYAGUAGGAUGUGUGUAACCGUUCAUCGUUCAUCGUUUUUGCUCUGACCGACUGCCUGACGGGUUAGAUCUAGAAAUCUGAUACCCAGAAAUGCCAGCACUAUGCAAGGGACGCCAACACAUCGACAGAGAAAAAUCCAAGACAUACCAAGACAGGCUGGUCGUGUUCUUCAGAUCAACAACAGAGAACACAACGAGCAGUACAAGUAUGCCGACAACUUCAUCAGGACAUCAAAGUACACACUACUCACAUUCUUGCCUAUCAACUUGUUUGAGCAGUUCAGAAGAAUUGCAAACAURUAUUUCUUACUGCAGAUUAUAAUCAUGUGUAUCCCUGCCAUUACUGCAUUAAAGCCAGAAUCAACUGCUGUUCCCUUGUUGUUUGUUCUUGCUGCUACAGCUGUCAAAGAUGCAUAUGAUGAUAUUAAAAGACACAGAAAUGACAAAGGAGUCAACAAUAGGAAAUGUCAAGUGUUAAUAAACAAAAGCCUUGAAACAAAGAAAUGGAUGGAGAUUCAUGUAGGAGAUAUUUUGAGAAUAGAAAACAAUGAGCAAGUACCUGCUGAUGUAAUUGUUCUUACUACGAGUGAAGAAAAUGGUUUGUGUUAUAUUGAAACAGCAGAGUUGGAUGGUGAAACAAACUUGAAGUGCAGACAACCUCUUCCUGAGACAGGUGAAAUGGGUGAUGAUGAAGAUUUACUAGGCAAUUAUCAAGGAGAAGCCAGCUGUGAUCUCCCUAACAACAGACUAGACAAGUUCCAUGGAAGACUGGUUUAUGAAGGCAAKGACUACUCAUUGGAUAAUGAGAAUGUUCUUCUCAGGGGGUGUGUAUUAAGGAACACAGACUGGGUGUAUGGUGUUGUAGUGUAUGCUGGUCAAGACUCCAAGCUCAUGAUGAACAGUGGUGUUAGUAAAUUCAAGAGAACAAAUCUGGACAAACUUCUCAAUAAACUCAUAAUCGGAAUUGCCAUCUUGUUAGCAGUUAUCUGCGCUCUUCUGUCAAUUGGGACAACUUUAUGGGAGCAUUUUAUUGGAAAGAACUUUCAAGUAUUUCUCCCUUGGCCAUCUUUUUACAUGGAUAAUGUCGUGUUUAUCGGUAUUACACACUGGCCGUCAUUCGUCAUGGUGUUAAACACUCUCAUCCCUAUAUCUCUGUACAUCAGUGUUGAGGUYAUAAGAGUUGGACAAAGCUUGUGGAUCAACUGGGACAAGGAGAUGUAUUAUCCCGUGAAAGAUUCUCCAGCAAGAGCAAGAACUACUACUCUCACCGAAGAACUUGGUCAAAUUGAGUAUAUCUUCUCUGACAAGACGGGUACACUAACACARAAUGUGAUGACGUUCAAGAUGUGCUCUGUUCAAGGCAAGCUUUACGGGCGGGGAGAUGAACAAGAAAACGARCAAAAGACAGUCCUGAGUGAGAGCACAUCACAAAACUCAGAGGGGUCAAAAGUGGACUUAUCAGGCAACAAGUACUACGAUGGUAAAUUCCAGUUCAACGACCAAAUGUUGUUGGAUGACAUCACCAACAAUAACAAGGGGUGCCAUGAGAUAAUGCGGUUACUUGCUGUAUGCCACACUGUCAUGGUACAGAACAAUGAUGGUGAAUUACAGUAUCAGGCCCAGUCCCCAGAUGAAGCUGCUCUGGUUACUGCCGCAAGAAACUUUGGUUUUGUAUUCAAAGAACGAUCACCAACAACGAUAACACUCGAUGUCUUGGGCACUGAGGAACACUAUGAGAUUCUAGCUAUUUUAGAUUUUAACAACGAAAGAAAAAGAAUGUCGGUAAAUUCUAUCGUGUACGAGUUAUUGGACCCGUCUUGUAAAGAGYUGAUACGCACAACCACUGAACAUCUUAAUUUUUUCGCGUGCGAAGGUCUUCGUACCCUGGUCACUGCAUACAAAGACAUUCCACACGAGGUGUAUAAAGAAUGGAAUCAAAGAUUCCACACAGCAAGUAUCUCCAUGGAGGACAGAGAUGAGAAGAUUCAAUUACUUUAUGAAGAAAUCGAGCAAAAUCUCAUUCUUAUCGGAGCUACAGCCAUUGAAGACAAACUACAAGAUGGUGUCCCCARUACCAUAGCAACACUAGCGGCAGCUGAUAUCAAGAUAUGGGUUCUGACAGGAGACAAACCAGAAACAGCGGUCAACAUUGGCUACUCAUGCCAGCUCCUCACGGAUGACAUGACAGAGGUGUUCACAAUCAAUGGYGAAACCAUGGAGUCUGUCCGCAAUGCUAUCACUGAAUAUAARAAGAGGGUUAAGCCRCACGARCCUGUGGAAGAAAGAAGUCUAGAUGGYUCCAGAAUGAAUGCUGUGAAGGAUGACAAUGAUGUAGAAUUAGUGGCCUUCAAGGGUAACGAUGGGACUAAUAAACAAGCUAAUGGGGGUAAAGGUAACGGUGAAUACGGACUAGUAAUAACUGGCAAAAGUCUGGUUCAUGCGUUGGAUAAAAGUCUUGAGUUAGAUUUUCUUGAGCUAGCUUGUUCUUGUAAAGCCAUUAUCUGCUGUCGAGUAACACCUUUACAGAAAGCAUUAGUCGUCCAACUAGUAAAAGCAAACAAAAAUGCCGUAACACUGGCCAUAGGUGAUGGAGCUAAUGACGUCAGUAUGAUUAAAGCGGCACAUAUUGGUGUUGGUAUCAGUGGCCAGGAAGGCAUGCAGGCRGUACUUGCAAGUGACUACUCUUUUGCACAAUUUAGAUAUUUAGAACGUAUUCUUCUCACUCAUGGACGCUGGUCGUACAUGCGAAUGUGUAAAUUUCUCAACUAUUUUUUCUACAAGAAUUUCGCAUUCACAUUGGUACAGUUUUGGUAUGCAUUUUUUUCUGGAUACUCUGCUCAGACGUUAUACGAUGCAUGGUUCAUAUCAUUCUACAACGUUCUCUUCACGUCCGCACCUAUUGUUUUCCUUGCCAUUUUUGAGCAGGACGUCAGCGACAAAAGCUGUGCAAAGUAUCCCAAGCUCUACAUCCCAGGCCAAAAGAACAUGUUGUUCAACAAAAACGUAUUUUGCUAUAGUUUGAUAUAUGGUACUCUGACAUCCAUGGGGUUGUUCUUUAUGGCUUAUGGUACGUUUCAUAAGACUGUAGAUGUUGAUGGCAAGGAUACUGAGAGUGUCAAGUUCUUUGGGACUGUAGUUGCAGCGGCGCUUGUUAUAGUGGUCAAUAUUGAGAUUUGUUUAAUGACUCAAUACUGGACUUGGAUUAAUCACUUUUUCACCUGGGGAAGCAUUCUAUUCUAUUUCAUUUUCUAUUUCGCCUUCUACUCCGAAUUCGUCUUCUCCUAUUACCCUCAAAUGCAUUACCAUGGAGUGCAAUACCAUGUGUUUGGGAACCCUAUGUUCUGGUUGUAUUUAGUCCUCGUUACCAUAGUAACAACUCUUCCGUCAAUAGCGACGAAUUUCGUGCGUGCAGAAGUGAGUCCUCGGUACAGCGAUGCUGUCAGACGAAAGGAGCAAAACAGGGAACCCACAAGGUURAGGCCGAAAGAAUUCCGACCGAAGAUCAACUUGCGAAGAAAAUCUGUUCGAACGAACUACGCAUUUUCACACCAAGAAGGGUUUGGUAAAAUUGUCAUGACACCUAAGUCCUUUUUUAGGAAAAAGUUUAAAGUAAAUCGUAGUUAGUUGCMGGGUAUCAUCUUAACAAAUUUGGCGUCCAUCCAAAGGCUUCACGUUCAAACCAUCUGUAUCUUUUUCGAAUGGGAUCCCUGUGGCUAUAGAUGGAAGUUUGCGAGUUGAAGCCACCUUAGCUAACCCCGCCUAAGGARUAGUCAAGAAAAUCUCAAACCACAUAGCGGCCUGCGGGGAAGGCUCAUAAAAAUACAAAUUUAGGGAUAUAAAUAAUUGUGAAAUCUAAUUUUUUCAUUAGCAAUAGACAAUUAAUUUUAUAAAAACAGUUCAAUCCUAGCAUAUGUAACCACUUAGUAAUGGCGUGUUGGAGGUUAAUAAGCUGAGAACAAGUCUAAGCCUAGAACAAUUUAUGUGUGAGUGUUCAACAUAUAGGAAACUAAGAUAUUAGGCCUUCCAAGGUUGAGGAAAAACUGGAUGGAGUUGACAUUUCAGAGACAUUGUGAGACUGUUUUAGGGGGCAUAUUUYYAAGAUGGCGUCCGUUUAAAAAUGGUUAAUAUAGUGGUACCUCUAUUAAGCGAACGCCCUUAGCUAAUCAUGGGUGCCAAAAUUUUUUCCCAUAUACUACAAAAAUCACCGAUGUGUGGAACAGGGCCGAGUUUUCUUAUGACAGUAACGCCUAAUUUGGUGUGAUUGACCCACCUAUUUUYAUUGAUAAAUUACGAACAUCCGACGUCAGUCUUUAGAAUGCAUGCCGACAUUUUGGCUCCCUUUUGAUCACAUAUAUAUGGAUUGUUUGGGCACCCUUUAUUAACCGAACACCAGGCAAGGUUCUGAAUAGCUGACUUCUAAGCCUUCGCAAAUGAAUCAAAUGCAAAACUGGUGCAUUCUUUUCACCAAUCUCGUACCCAGAGCCUGCGUUUCYUCUKGYCUGCGGCAAAGAACGAGGGCUCUGGCAUAUUCCAUUUUUUGGGACMAGGAUUUCUUUGUCUUCCGGUAUAAGUGCAUGCGCUCAAAGACUUGCCAAAAAUUAAAAUAAUAUGUUACCGACUUUAAAGCAUGAUUUUCAUUUAUUAUAAUUCACUWCCGGAAAAUUGCGCAUGCGCCAAAAAGUGGAUUAUAUCAGAACCGUCGUUUUUCGCCGCAGGCCAAAAGAAAUGCAGGCUCUGGGUACGAUAUUGCUGUCCCACAGGACYACUGUAGUUAACCUUCCUACAGAGUGUUCGACAUUCRUCUGUCAUUUUGAUAUCUUACCUUWUACRCCAACUCACUAGUCCAUGAUCGCUAUUUGUUUAUACUUAAACCUGUAAACCUCACUAAUUUGGUCUGCAGUCCUUGGUAUACGUAUAUUUGUAUUUUUUUGUCAAUGUAGAACAGAAACGAAAGGGAAGCUAGCAGGACUAGUAUGUGCAAGAUAAUCUGAUUUUUCUAUGACCAGAAUAAAUUACCGUACUUUUAUGUAUUUUUAUAAAACACUGAAAUUAAAUCAUUUCUAAAGAAA